UCCGGCUACGACACCUUCCUAUUGGACGAGGAGAGAGGAAGACUGUUGGUGGGCGCCGAGGACCACGUCUUCUCCUUUGACCUGGUCAAUCUCAACAGAGAGCACAAACAGGUAAGAGUCCUACUCUUUGACCGCACACACGGUCAACAUUAUGAAGACAACACAAUGACCACACGGACGAGCCAAUGACCACACAAAACCAACAUUUGCUCUAUGGGUCUUGCGUCAAUACAGGCAUACAAUGGACCACUCAUUCUCAAUCCUUCCAGUAAAAGGCACAUAGCCAUAUACAUGAAAUAAAAUAAACCCAGUUUUAAAGAGUGAAUAUUGUAUGAUUUAGACAGGACGUUCAGUGUAUAGGCAAGCCAUCUAUUUACGAACUGCCAAUGAAAACACAUAAUAGCAAAUCUAUGGAGCUAUGGAAGGGACCUCACUGCCAAAUCAAACUCUGAGAGAAGAAGGCUUGGACCGCAUUUCCCAUAAAUACUGAAAAGCUGAAAGCUGACUGAGCUUUCCUAUGAUGACCUGUAUGAAUAAUUAGCAAAAGGGGGAUGGUUGAGUAAUUAGAAUGCACUUCUCAGCUGUAUAUUGCAGAGCUAUUUCAUUACAGUUUUUUCAUUGGGACAAUUUUCCUCUGUGGAGAUGGUUGGGGGACACAAAUAUAAUUUAUUAAAUGUAAUUAAACCAGUUGGUGGACCGGAUUCCUAUUGACUAGAUCUGCUAUAUGGCAUGAUCAGGAUUUAGGUUCACGUUAUAUCCAAACCCAUCCUAAUUGGAAGUUUGGAUCCCUGAGUGCAGAGGUCAUGCUCAUUAGCUAGUGAGCACAGAGUAUGAUGCUGAUUGGCUAGUGAACAUAGUGUGAUCAAAUACCUGUACCCCUUCUGCCCAAUCAGCAGCUAUGGCAAACAUCCUACUGUCAGCUACUGUUACCAUAUAGGACCAGGAGGUUUUCCUUUCACUUGACCUGACCAUGAGAUACUCUAGACCCUAGUUAGGAUGCAUGCUAUAUGAGAAUAGCAACUAUUCACUCACGGUCAGGAUAGGGUUAAAAUUAAAGACCAUCUUUGAUUGAGUAGCAGCUCUUUGUUAUUUGAGACCCCCUCUCCUCUAUCUUUCUUUUCCCCCCUCUCUCCAUCCAUCCUUUUCUAAAUCUGCACCUCACCCUCAGGUCUCUCUCGCUCUCUCGCUCCUCUCUUCAUCUCUCUGGAGUCCAUUACUGUGAUUUCCUCCCUCCCUCCUUUUCUCUUUUUCCAGACAGGCCUGUUUUAUAAUUCCAUCAGUCCACCUGGAGCAGGUUAUAGGAGAGUUAGGAGUCUUUUUAUCUGAUUCUGACAGCUAUCACAGACGUGGAGAUUGAUGUGAACAAGAAGCACUGAGGCAGUGGAGAAACUCCAAAAGGAGCUUAAGUGCAGAAAUACACACACACACACACACACACACACUGCAUGCUUUUCAGAGGGUAUUUAAAUAUGAGGGAAUUACAUAAUUAUUUUGGGCCCUUGGCGCGGAUGUUUUUUUCCCUAUUCAGAUCUUUGAUAAUGCAGAGAAAGAUAAGUGGGAAAGCUAAUGCAAUUACCCAGAUGUGCAUUGCGGGUCCCCUUGCUCUGAGAGAAAAGCUCAGCUGAUCUUGAAGUGAGAUACGCUAUGAAUAGAAGGGUGUGAUGUGUGUGUGCGUGCCUGCGUGCGUGAUGUGUGUGUUUGCUAACCUGCGGUGUGUGGUGUUUUUCCUAGUGCCAUGUGCAUACCAUGUGUGAGUGUGUAAACAUGUUCUAGAACCUACCUGCGUUCUGGUACCUGCACUUCUACGACUUGUUCAACUCCUCAACCUUCAUGCGUGUGGAUGAUUUUUCCAGUUCUUAUUACGAGUCCGGCCCCAACACACGCUCUGUUUUUAUAAUUCAGGUGACACCGAUGGGACGCACACACACGAAUGUGGCAGAUGGUAAGACCAUAAGGACAACCCUCCAAAGGGCCUCAUGAGUGCUCUGGUUACUUAACUUUCAGGAGUGUAAAGCUUAUACAGGGGGUUCCCAAACGUUUUGGGGGGGGAAUUCAUUUUGACCCAGCAAGUGAAUAAGACUAGACCUAAUGUUGCUAGCUAGGAGCCAGUCUAAACUGGUAGUGACUUGCUGUAUGGAACAUGCUGACUUACACUAUCCACCCUUUAAAGCUAUCUGUCUCUCUAACUUCAUGGUUCAACACUCACUUCCCUUCAGCAUAACAAGGUAGCAAGCCACGUGCAACACUUAGCAUACUCAUCCAGAGGUUCUGACCCUUUGAUGCAAUGGCUAAGACGUUGGACUAACAUUAGCAGGAACCUGGGUUCAAUUCCUGGUUAGGCUAUCCCCUGAAUUCACUACAUAAUAUUAUUGUGCACUCCCUCUCUCUGGUUUUGUAUGAUGUUUCACUCUCUCUGUUCAUAUGACACAUUCUCUCCACUCUUCCUUAGUAUACCACUCCCUCACUUCUAUGUGAUAUUGUUGUUCUAUAAUCUUUCUCAUGACACAUUCCCUCCUCUGUUCCGUAUUAUAACACUCCCUCUCUCCUCCUUUCCACAGAUCGCAUGGCCAGCCACGCCCUCAAAGCGGGACGAGUGCAAGUGGGCGGGGAAAGACCUUGGGGUAAGUUCUUCAAGUCACCUUAUGACCACUUAUGUCACUCCUAUGUAGCCUGACAUAAUAGAUGGAUGCAUGUGGUGUAUGUUACCUGCAGGCUAUACUUUAACUUGUUAGCACACAGCUUAUGCAGGGGAAUGUAACUUGCAUGUCUGACAUGCUGUUAGUGUGUUACCUGCAACAUUAGUAACCUAUGUGAAUUGCAUGCGUGAUCUAUAUGAAAAGGAGCUGAAGUCUCAUUCAAGUUAAAGAGGUGUAGACUGAGUGAUGAACAACAGACUUGAAAAAUAAUCAAGAAAAUCAAACAUACCAUUUCUCCCAGAUUUCAGUGGCUUUAUACAGUUAGUGACUGUAUACAAUAAUUGUAUUGCCGUGAAUGUGUUCAAUAUGUGGAUGUAUGCAAUAAGUGACUCUAUACAAAAAUCAAGGAUGUGUGACUUUCCUAAUUCAUUGAGUUUAUACAGUACAUGUAGCAUUAGCAUAUGCUAUAAUGUACAGUAACAUGCAGACUAGCUUAGCGGAAGGUAGGGACCAACAUGGCACAGACGUCAGUUCAACGUCUUGUUUUGACUUACAUUCAAUUGAGUUGUCAACUAACGUGAAUUCAACGUGAAACCAACCAAACAUCUUCCACGUUGAUUCAACAUUUAGAAAAUGUUUGUUGAAUGUAGAAAUGACGUGGAAGCAACAUUGAAGCAACGUUGAUCCAAACUAGCACAGCUGUCUUUGCUAGUUAGUUUCCAAGACCUUGUGAUCCCCUGGAAGCAUUCCUUUCCCGCUGUGUAUGUUUGUUUGUACAGAGAGCAGCUCAGAGAGCACACAACGCUACUCUCACUGUUGGCCUGUUGGCACGGUGGCAAGAACGCAGUACCUCACAUCACUCUGUUUAUUUAUCUACCAAUGUUCUGCAUGCACAGCUGAACUCAGUGUGUGUGUGUGUCUGUUUGUGUGUGUGUGUUUGUGAGAGAGAUAAGUGAGUGUGUGUGGGUGUGCCAUCUGAUUGUGUGCGUUAUCUCAGAAAGAGAGUGUGUGUGUGUGUGUGUUAUGUAUCAGAUUGUGUGUGUUAUCUCAUGUGGGGUUUACACACACCCCUCGAAAUGUGUUGUAUCUGCUUCUAAUUUCAUGGCUGGGUGCACAUGCAGUGGAGAGGAGGGGGCUCUAGGAUUAUGUUGGGAUUACGUAGUUCAGUCCCUAAAUGACAGAGGUUCCACUUGGGUCAUAGUCUGUGGCAAGUUUUUGGGUUAUAAACACAGCCCUGCCCUAACACAGAUACACACAGACAUUCCUUACAGUACACAUGACCAGAUACACACACGUACUGUAUAACACACACACGUAUGCACGGAUGCAUGCACGCAUUCACACACACACAUUGAUGAGGCAUUUGCUUGCUGCAAAAAUGUUUACUCUAGAAAAUGAGGCGAUGAAAGCUACGUUUUUGUGGGCACGAAUGCUUGAUUAGGACAUUAUAAAGGCAUUCAGAGCUCCUAAGUGGUGAAUUUCUCUACUCGCAAUUUGGAGCCCUGGAACGAAUGCUACAAUACAGCACUCUCUGUCCAAAUGUCUUACUGGUGAUUCACUGGGCUUCGUACAAGAUGACUCAGUAGGUUGGGUAGGAUUCAGUCAGGAAAGUGACUCAUUUGAUUCAGUUAUGGAUUAUUGCCCAAUUCCAUAGUCCAUGUGCAUCUGAGAGGGUUGAUUAUAGCGAUGGGGGAAAAAAUCGAUACAGCUACAUAUUGUGAUAUUAUUUUUGGACGAUAUUAUAUAGAUAUUUGACCUACAGAAAAAUAAAGUUUUCUACUGUCGGCUGUACCUUUGCCAAAACUCCGGUAUUUUUCAUCCUAUAGCUUGUUCUCCAUCUUCUUUUUAAAUAUUGAGCCAACAUGUUUUCAGCAUCCUUAUUUCCCUGACUGAUCAGAACUCAUUCUCAUGGUCUCUCUUGUCUCUCUGCAGUAGAUAUACAGUGCCUUCAGGAAGUAUUCACACCCUUUGACUUUUUCCACAUUUUGUUGUGUUACAGCCUGAAUUUAAAAUGGAUUGAAUUGAGAUUUUUGGUCACUGACCUACACACAAUACCCCAUAAUGUCAAAGUGGAAUUAUGUUUUUCGACAUUUUUAUAAAUGAAUAAAAAAUGUGAAAGCUGAAAUGUCUUGAGUCAAUAAGUAAUCAACCCCUUUGUUGUGUCAAUCCUAAAUACAUUCAAGUGUACCAAUGUGCUUAACAAGUCACAUAAUACGUUGCAUGGACUCACUCUGUGUGCAGUAAUAGUGUUUAACGUGAUUUUUUAAUAACUGCCUCAUCUCUGUACUCCACAAAUACAAUUAUCUGUAAGGUCCCUCAGUCGAGCAGUGAAUUUCAAACAACGACGAUCCAACCACAAAGACCAGGGAGGUCUUCCAAUGCCUCUCAAAGAAGGGCACCUAUUGGUAGACGGGUAAAAAUAAAAAAGCGGACAUUGAAUAUCCCUUUGAGCAUGGUGAAGUUAUUAAUUACACUUUGGAUGGUGUAUCAAUACACCCAGUCACUACAAAGAUACAGGCGUCCUCCCUAACUCAGUUUCCGGAGAGGAAGGAAAUCACUCAGGAUUUUCACCAUGAGGCCAAUGGUGACUUUAAAACAGUUACAGAGUUUAAUGGCUGUGGAGUAACAUGGAGUAACAUUGUAGUUGUGGAGUAACAUUGUAGUUACUCCACAAUACUAACCUAAUAUUCCAAAACAUGCAUCCUGUUUGCAACAAGGGACUAAAGUAAUACUGCAUGUUUUCACUUGGGGUUCAUUCUGGGGUAUUGUGUGUAGAUUGGAGAAAAAAAUAAUAUAUUGAAUUCAGGCUGUAACACAACAACAUGUGGAAUAAGUCACGGGGUAUAAAUACUUUCUGAAGGCAAUAUGUUUGGAACAUAAAAUCGCAAUAAAAUCACAGUAUCGAAUCGCAAUACAUAUAGAAUCGUGAUAAUUGCAAUACUUAUCGUAUCAGCACCUAAGUAUCGUGAUAAUAUCGUAUCGUGAGGUCCUUGGCAAUUCCCAGCCCUAACAGACAAGUGAUUCAGAAUAUGUAGAAUGGUUCAACACACUGCAGAGUGAGUAAUGAUUCUCAUUUAGUCCAGAAGUUCGUUUUAUCUACAGAAUGUUGCAUGUUAGGUUCACUGUGUGCUCUCAAAACAAGUUCAACCAUCUACCUUAAACAAAGGUGCCUACUAAUUUACCGUCGUUUCCAGGGAAAGUAAUCUGUUAUUCGCAAUAAUGACCCUUCUCUCCACAGAGGAUGCAGUGGUAUUCAGGUAACGACACAGUUUGUGUGUAGAGAAGUCAUUUUUCACCUAGAAAAUUGCUGAGUAGCAUGUCUGACUAGGCUGAGUAAAUGUCUGUCAGUGCCUUGGCACACACACAACAUGCACUCAAUAUUACACACACACACACACACACACACACACACAAACACAAACACUCGCACACACACAGACACAAACUGCCUGGCUGGAAAUGAGUCUAACGACCAUGAGAAAACCUAAACAUCUCUGUCUGUCAGUAAGAUAAUUAAUGAGACAGUUUACAAUGUAUAUAAUAGCAACGUGAGAAUGAUGGAGGAAAACAUUGUUUCUUACAUUGCCCUGUCAUUGUCAAAACGUUGCCGGAAUGUUAGGAAGCCCAUAAGGUAAAGUCAUUAAGAAGACGUUCACACAAGCAACCCUUGUAACGGUCAUGGUUGUGAACCAUGUACGGUCGUGGAGCAUAUCCGGGUUUAGAGGUUGUUGGUUUGCUCCACAGAAAGACUUGUAAUGUGGGAGGUGAACGCUGAUUGAACACAGACAGGGACACUGGAACUGUUGUUGUGACUAUGGGUUGACUGCCAAAGUUUAACUCAAUGUUGAUAUCCUUCAAUCCUGUCCAGUUACAUUUCAAUGACUUUUAGCAGCCAUCACACAAAAAUCUGGUAUUUUAAGUUGACCUUAUAGUGGAAACAGGUUACACAUUAAUGUACACUGCUCAAAAAAAUAAAGGGAACACUUAAACAACACAUUGUAACUCCAAGUCAAUCACACUUCUGUGAAAUCAAACUGUCCACUUAGGAAGCAACACUGAUUGACAAUAAAUGUCACAUGCUGUUGUGCAAAUGGAAAAGACAACAGGUGGAAAUUAUAGGCAAUUAGCAAGACACCCCCAAUAAAGAAGUGGUUCUGCAGGUGGUGACCACAGACCACUUCUCAGUUCCUAUGCUUCCUGGCUGAUGUUUUGGUCACUUUUGAAUGCUGGCUGUGCUUUCACUCUAGUGGUAGCAUGAGACGGAGUCUACAACCCACACAAGUGGCUCAGGUAGUGCAGCUCAUCCAGGAUGGCACAUCAAUGCGAGCUGUGGCAAGAAGGUUUGCUGUGUCUGUCAGCGUAGUGUCCAGAGCAUGGAGGCGCUACCAGGAGACAGGCCAGUACAUCAGGAGACGUGGAGGAGGCCGUAGGAGGGCAACAACCCAGCAGCAGGACCGCUACCUCCGCCUUUGUGAAAGGAGGAGCAGGAGGAGCACUGCCAGAGCCCUGCAAAAUGACCUCCAGCAGGCCACAAAUGUGCAUGUGUCUGCUCAAAUGGUCAGAAACAGACUCCAUGAGGGUGGUAUGAGGGCCCGACGUCCACAGGUGGGGUUUGUGCUUACAGCCCAACACCGUGCAGGACGUUUGGCAUUUGCCAGAGAAACCAAGAUUGGCAAAUUCGCCACUGGUGCCCUGUACUCUUCACAGAUGAAAGCAGGUUCACACUGAGCACAUGUGACAGACGUGACAGAGUCUGGAGACGCCGUGGAGAAUGUUCUGCUGCCUGCAACAUCCUCCAGCAUGACCGGUUUGGCGGUGGGUCAGUCAUGGUGUGGGGUGGGAUUACUUUGGGGGGCCGCACAGCCCUCCAUGUGCUCGCCAGAGGUAGCCUGACUGCCAUUAGGUACCGAGAUGAGAUCCUCAGACCCCUUGUGAGACCAUAUGCUGGUGCGGUUGGCCCUGGGUUCCUCCUAAUGCAAGACAAUGCUAGACCUCAUGUGACUGGAGUGUGUCAGCAGUUCCUGCAAGAGGAAGGCAUUGAUGCUAUGGACUGGCCCGCCCGUUCCCCAGACCUGAAUCCAAUUGAGCACAUCUGGGACAUCAUGUCUCGCUCCAUCCACCAACGCCACGUUGCACCACAGACUGUCCAGGAGUUGGCGGAUGCUUUAGUCCAGGUCUGGGAGGAGAUCCCUCAGGAGACCAUCCGCCACCUCAUCAGGAGCAUGCCCAGGCAUUGUACGGAGGUCAUACAGGCACGUGGAGGUUACACACACUACUGAGCCUCAUUUUGACUUGUUUUAAGGACAUUACAUCAAAGUUGGAUCAGCCUGUAGUGUGGUUUUCCACUUUAAUUUUGAGGGUGACUCCAAAUCCAGACUUCCAUGGGUUGAUACAUUUGAUUUCCAUUGAUAAUUUUUGUGUGAUUUUGUUGUCAGCACAUUCAACUAUGUAAAGAAAAAAUAUUUAAUAAGAUUAUUUCAUUCAUUCAGAUCUAGGAUGUGUUAUUUAAGUGUUCCCUUUAUUUUUUUGAGCAGUGUAGUAUAACUUCUGUGUCACGAUCGUCAGGGUAAGGAGUAGACCAAGGCGCAGCGUGAUGAACAAACAUGACUUUAAUUAGUUAAAGCACGAAACAAAACAAGAAACGACUCGUGACGUCCACGGUAUCAAUGACCGAACACGGAACAAAAACCCACAACCACAAAGGGAAAACAUACAGUUUAAAUAUGGCUCCCAAUCAGAGACAACCAGCCAACAGCUGACACUCGUUGCCUCUGAUUGGGAGUCACUCAGGCAAACAUAGAAUACAACAAACUAGAAUGAACACCAACAUAGAAAUACACACAUAGAAAUGAACACACCCUGGCUCAACAUAAUGAGUCCCAGAGCCAGGGUGUGACAUUCUGGCCAUCUUAUUGUUGGAUAAUAUGUUGUAUAUGAUUGAAGAUAGGCCAAGGUAUACAUACUAUUUAUUAUGUGAGUGAUAUACUCCAGGAAUGGUUUGUUUUCUAUUUUCUCUAUUUGUUGAACUAUCAGCCUUUUUAAACUACUUUUUGGCCCUUCCACUGUCCUGCUUUUACUUAUUAGCGAAGCAAGGAAAUAAAUGUAAUGUCUAAUUGCAGUGAGGGACAGGGAAGCCUGAGGAGUUAGCAUCCCUGAGACUAGAGGUAGCUCAGUGCAGACGGAACAUAAACCUUCGGUUUAGAAUUUUUAUUGACACAGAAGGUCCGUAUUUAUUUUCUUAAUGACCCGGGAAAGAGAUAUGUGUGUGUGUGUAUGUAUUAACCUGGAAUGGGCUUUGUGUGUGUGUGUGUGUGUGUGUGUCAGUCAACUCAAGGUGUGUAUUCCUCAUCAAUGAAUCGUGCCUUCAUCUUUUUAGCAUGUGUGUACCCUACUGAACCCUGUAGAAUACUCACCAGAGGCCUAGAACAUGAACUAAUCCCAUUCAUUAGGGUUAGCAUAAACAGUCUCCCAUCACUGGGACUAUUCACAUGUGCUGGGGCUGGGACUCCAAAUACCUUCAGUAAAUCCAACCAGAUGGAUCACUACAGAUCUGACGUGAAUACACACACACACGGACGGACUCACACGGACGGACGGAUCAUUAGAGAUCUGAUGUGAACAUGGGAUGCAUCCCAAAUGGCACCAAAUUACCUUUGGGUCUACCUAUGGGCCCUGGUCAAAAAUAGUGUACUAUAAAGGGAAUAGGGUGCAUUUAGGACACAGCCAGGGCCUGAUUUGGCUCACAGGUGGGAUUUCCUUCAGCAAUACUGAACGCCACUCAAUUUCACAACCAAUUUACCACAGCAACUGGAACUGGAAACGCCUACUUCAGAUUGCAGGAGCUUUCCGGUAGUGCCAACUACCAAGUCUUAUUUAUGCCUGGAGUGAUCAAAUCAAAUCUGUUUUGGGUUGCACCUACAGCACUUUAAGACAGCUGAAGCAUGAACACACAUUUUCCUCACUAUGUCCUGUAGUUUACUCUGUAUUCUAGAACUACUUUGGUAGGCAGAAUGUGGUAGCUCAGCUGAUCAAGAUAACUGCAGAUAAGGCACUUCAAAUAAUGAUUGAACUGCAAUCAGCAAAACUGGAAAAAACAGUGGUUCAAAGUAGUUAUUAGCAUAUUAACUGAAUAGUUGCUUAUUUUGCUUAGUUGUAGCUGUAUAUAAUUACACUGAUACAAUAAUUGCUAGAUGCUAUGUGGACACUUAAUUAUGGAAUCCUCAACAUGGGGAAACAGCACCACUGGCACCACCAUGGGGAAACAGCACCACUGGCACCAUCAUGGAGAAACAGCACCACUGGCAUCACCACCGUCGUUAUUGUUUUUGUUGCUGAGCUGAGUAGCGUCACGCAGCAUGAUAAAACAAAUAGCACUGCAUAUUGUGCUCUUCUAUCACACAUGCAAUGACGUCUGAGGGGAAAAAUAGUGCCUGUUGUUUCUAGUAACUUCUUUGUUGUAAUAUCCCAAACAGACAUGGCUGUUUCACCUUUAAGGAUCCCAGCUUUAACGUGUGAGUGUUGUUUGUUUGAGAGUUUGAGACUUGAUGAGGUGUUUGUCUCUCAUCUCCUUUCAGAAAGAGUGUUCCAACUUCAUCCGAGUGCUCCAGCCCUACAACGCCACCCACCUGUAUAUCUGUGGUACAGGGGCCUUCCACCCCAUCUGUGCCUACCUGGAGAUGGGCAAACGGGCAGAGGUAAGGGGCACCAACACACACACACACACAACCCACCCCCUCUAACCUCCAUUAGAAUCUCAAAUUGCACCAUUGUCUCAAUGCGAGACAAGGGACUAGAUAAUUAUUUUCUGGUGUGACUAUUUCCCACUCAUUCAGUGUUUCUAAUCAAUGAUUUCAUUUGUGCAAAGUGGGAAAAAAGCUCAUUACACAGGCCCACAUUAACAAGCGGAAAUCAUUUCCCCACACAACAGUUUAAUCAAUCAUCUUGAUAAGCAGAUGCAGCUUAAUCAAUGUUCCCACACAGUGUAACUGUUCAACUGUGGAAAGGGGGGGAAACCACUAUCUUGUCCUGCCUUAAUAUAAUGGGUUCUGUGUGUGUGUGUGUGUGUGUGUGUGUGGUGCUAUUUGACAUAGAUUGACCUGCAUGACGGGGUCUGUCAGUCAUUAAUAUACAUCUACAAGGGUCAAUAAGGUACAGCUCUACUCCACAGUACGUGGUUUCAGGUCUCCAAUGACACACUGUGUCCCAUAUAGUGCACUAAUUUGACACACUAUUCACCAUUUUGUGAACUUCUUGCAAACCAUAUUCCUUAUGUAGUGCACUAAUAUGACACUAUUCCCUAUAUAGUUGUUUUGGAAUAUUCUAAAUGGGCUUCCUACAGGCUAUUCUUGAACAUUGAUCUUUCCCUUCAGGACAACAUCUUUCGACUGGAGUUGACCCACUUCGAGAACGGCCGGGGGAAAAGCCCCUACGACCCCAAGAUGCUCUCUGCGUCCAUCAUGUUAGGUGAGUCCGACUCUAAUCACACUUGUGAUUGGUUGGAGUUCGUGGGGGGACUUCCUGACACCUGACACAUCUCUAAUCUCAUUGGCUGAUUGUUGAUGACCCUGGUUUCUGAUUGGCAGAUGGGGAGCUGUACUCUGGCACGUCGGCAGACUUCAUGGGAAGGGACUUUGCCAUCUUCCGUACCCUGGGGGAGCAUCAUCCUAUCAGGACUGAGCAGCAUGAUUCUAGAUGGCUCAAUGGUACAACACAGUGAUUUAAUAUCUUCUUUAUGUAUCCUUAAUUAUACAGCUAGAUCACAUUAAAGCAAAUACCUAUUUUCCUGUAAAAUCAUAUUAGACACUUCUGAUUGAUUAAAUAGUGUUUGCAGAAGUAUAACUGAUUGGAAUGAACAAGAGGGAACCGUUGAUGAUAUGACACAGUAGGUCAGACAACCGUUACAGGCUGAAAUGAGAUGAAUCAGUCCUUUUUAUUGGUCAAUAGGAGAGGGGGCUCUUGAUAGUAUAAUACAGAUAUGAUACACAUUAUCCGUUAAAGCGCAUCAAAGGAACCUUCUCAUUGGUCAAUUGGCGAGAGGACACCAUUCAUUGGUUUAAAUAGCUGUCAGACAGAGCUUAGUCCUAUCUAUAAGCCCUGAGUAUCUCUGAUGAUUCCCAUUCAAAGACCAACAUAGAUAUCAGAUCCCAUUCAUAAAGUCAGUGUGUGUAUGAAUGUGUGUGGCUGCUGGUGCUGGUGAGAUUACCCAGGGGUAGGAAGGAGAGGAGCCCUCACUCUGUCAGUCUGUCUGCAUAGCCAAGGACUUAAUGGCUGCCGCACAAAAGGUCAAUUUAUGUUUUUUUUCCCCCGCCGUCCAUUUUCUUUCCCAUGGAGUUAAUCCCCUCAGCUGUUUUCCGGCAGCGACGUCAAGUUUCAACCCCCCACUACCCCCUUACAGCCCCACCUCCCAUUCACAGAACAGUGAACCCCCCAAACCCACUCCAUGGUGAUGAAUGCCGUGACAUAUUCAUAAAAAGCGAUUUACCAAAAAGGUCAUCUUCUCACCUUAAUCCUCCUAUUAUCUGUUUGCCUCUCCAUCCAUUCGCUCCGGAUAAAUCCUCUCUGGUUAUGGUAAUUUGGGGAUUACCAAAAUGGGUUCUAUUCUAUUAUAGACUCUAGACUCUUAUGAAUGGUAAGCAUGGUAUUCAUACUUCAGAGAGAAUCCUUAAUGGCUAUGUGAAUAGGUAUGCACUUCAAAAGGCUUUAGACCCUAGGUUGGCCAGGCAGACUGUGGCCAAGCCAUUUAUUUACACAUCCUCCCGAUCUGUUAACACUCCUAACUUGGAGUUAUAGUUAAGCCCACGACCAAUGAAGUGGCCUUUGUCCAACAUUAACUGUAUUGAAUGGCAUGAGUGCAGCCGUCGUGGUGUGUGUGUGUGUGUACUUGCAUAUCUGUGUGUGGGACUCGCACCCACAUGGAGACCGUAUAAAUCUGGAGGUGUAAAGGUCCUGCUUUGGCCAGGGGUCUCCCUUUUCACGGCCACAUCCUGUAUGGUGUGUGUGUGUGUGGAUGUACUGUACAGUUGCAGCCUAAUAUAUUGCCACCCUUGUGUGUCUGUGUGUGUGUGUGUGUGUGUGUGUGUGUCUGUGUGUGUGUGUGUGUGUGUGUGUCUGUGUGUGUGUGUCUGUGUGUGUGUGUGUGUGUGUGUGUCUGUGUGUGUGUGUUUGGAUAUACUGUACAGUUGCGGCCUAAUAUAUUGGCACCCUUGUGUGUGUGUCAGUGUGUGUGUCUGUGUGUGUGUGUGUGUGUGUGUGUGUGUGUGUCGUGUGUGGUGUCUGUGUGGUGUGUGUGUGUGUGUGUGUUUGGAUAUACUGUACAGUUGCGGCCUAAUAUAUUGGCACCCUUGUGUGUGUGUCAGUGUGUGUGUCUGUGUGUGUGUAUGUGUGUGUGUAUGUGUGUGGAGAUUACCGCCACCGUAACACGGCCCCGCAUGUUGCUCUCUCUAACUCGGUCGUGUUGGCGAAACGCCAUCUUGCCUUUCCCGUGCCAACGCCUCCGUGACUGACUGCUCCCAGAUCAGUUUUCCGUAAAGAGCUCUAUCCCUCUAGCCAGGGAUAUCCAAGCCCUAGGCUCUGGGCUCAAGUCAUUUAAGAGUUUGAUUUCCUCGCACUCCGAAAGCUGCAAAUGGUACUCUAUUCCCUAUGUACAGUCGUGGUCAAAAGUUUGUUACUAGAUAUGUUACUAUGGUAUACUGAAGUAUAAUUACAAGCAUUCCAUAAGUGUCAAAAUGAUUUUAUUGACAAUUACAUUAAGUUUAUGCAAAGAGUCAAUAUUUGCAGUGUUGACCCUUCUUUUUCAACACCUCUGCAAUCCGGCCUCUCAAUUAACUUCUGGGCCACAUCCUGACUGAUGGCAGCCCAUUCUUGCAUAAUCAAGUUUGUCAGAAUGUGUUGGUUUUUGUUUGUCCACCCGCCUCUUGAGGAUUGACCACAAGUUCUCAAUGGGAUUAAGGUCUGGGGAGUUUCCUGGCCAUGGACCCAAAACUUAGAUGUUUUGUUCCCCGAUCCACUUAGUUAUCACUUUUGCCUUAUGGCAAGGUGCUCCAUCAUGCUGGAAAAGGCAUUGUCCGUCACCAAACUGUUCUUGGAUGGUUGGGAGUAGUUGCUCUCGGAGGAUGUGUUGGUACCAUUCUUUAUUCAUGGCUGUGUUCUUAGGCAAAAUUGUGAGUGAGCCCACUCCCUUGGCUGAGAAGCAACCCCACACAUGAAUGGUCUCAGGAUGCUUUACUGUUGGCAUGACACAGGACUGGUGGUAGCUUAGUCUGUUAUUCUAACUCAAUCAGCAUGACAGAGUGAUCUCCAGCCUUGUCCUUGUCAACACUCUCACCUGUGUUAACGAGACAAUCACUGACAUGAUGUCAGCUGGUCCUAUAUAAGGAAUAGGGUGCCAUUGCUCCGUGUAGCUCAGUUGGUAGAGCAUGGCGCUUGCAACGCCAGGGUUGUGGGUUCGUUUCCCACGGGGGGCCAGUAUGAAAAUGUAUGCACUCACUAACUGUAAGUCGCUCUGGAUAAGAGCGUCUGCUAAAUGACUAAAAUGUAAAAUGUAAAAAUUUAAUUCAGGACGCAUACUGAAGUGUAUAUUGCAUAGAAUCAGAGUCAUAUGUGUUUGUAGGGAAGAGGUGUCUUCAUAUCAGAGUUAUGGAGGACUGGAGGAUGCAGGUGUCUUCAUAUAGGGGUUAUGGAGGAUGGAGGUGUCUUCAUAUAGCGGUUGUGGAGGACUGGAGGAUGGAGGUGUCUUCUAAUAGGGGUUAUGGAGGACUGGAGGAUGGAGGUGUCUUCUAAUAGGGGUUAUGGAGGACUGGAGGAUGGAGGUGUCUUCAUAUAGGGGUUAUGGAGGACUGGAGGAUGGAGGUGUCUUCAUAUAGGGGUUAUGGAGGACUGGAGGAUGGAGGUGUCUUCAUAUAGGGGUUAUGGAGGAUGGAGGUGUCUUCAUAUAGGGGUUAUGGAGGACUGGAGGAUGGAGGUGUCUUCAUAUAGGGGUUAUGGAGGACUGGAGGAUGGAGGUGUCUUCAUAUAGGGUUUAUGGAGGACUGGAGGGUGGAGGUGUCUUCUAAUAGGAGUUCUGGAGGAUGAAGGUGUCUUAUAAUAGAGGUUAUGGAGGACUGGAGGAUGGAGGACAUGGUGGAAUUAGAUAGUGGUUGGUUUAAUGUGGAUAUGAGGGUUUCAUGGUUAAGCCCUGGCGAAAAUGAGUCAUUGUUUGUUUAUCAAGCUGGUGUUUGUUUGGGUACUCAUGUAUCUGUGUUUGCACAUAUGUAUUUGAAUGUGUGAUCAUGUGUGUUAGCAGUGUGUGUGUGUGUGUGUUUGUACCCGUUUAAUUGUUAACAUGUGUGUUUCAGACCCAAGGUUUGUAGGUGUAAACCUGAUCCCAGAGAGUGACAACCCUGAGGAUGACAAGAUCUUCCUGUUCUUCAAAGAGAACGCCAUGGACGGAGAACACACUGGCAAGGCCACCAUCGCCCGCAUAGGACAACUGUGUAAGGUAACAACACACACACACACAAGCACCCAUGGUAUGCACGGACAGACACGCUAACACACAUGGACGCAUGGACACGCACACAAAACACACAGGAACAAACUAGCAUGCACGCACACAAAACACACAGGAACAAACUAGCAUGCACGCACACAAAACACACAGGAACAAACUAGCAUGCACGCACACAAAACACACAGGAACAAACUAGCAUGCACGCACACAAAACACACAGGAACAAACUAGCAUGCACGCACACAAACAUCAUGGAUAUAUUAAACUGACACACACAGUUACAUUCACAGGGACACAAAUAUAUGUCACAUACAGUACGUAGAUGAAAUAUUCUCAUUUGGUUCCCCAAUACCAAAGCUGAAUUCACACAAGUCUUAUAUAUUGUGGAUUUGCAUGCUUGCGUAUAGGCUAUCUGUGUGUAACGUGUGUGUGUGUUUGUGUGUGCCUGUCCCUGCAGAAUGACCUGGGAGGUCACAGGAGUCUGGUCAACAAGUGGACCACCUUCCUCAAGGCCAGACUGACCUGCUCAGUGCCAGGCCUCAACGGCAUCGACACACACUUCGACGAGCUGCGUAAGGAACUGUGUGUGUGUGUGUGUGUGAGCCUCUCUGUGGUUACUUUCUACCCAAGAGGGGUACGUAUCGUAGCAUUGUUUCAUUGAAACACUGUAUGAUGUUUGGAUGGUUGUGCUAAUGUGCUAAUGUGCUAAUGUUGUUUCCAUGUGUUUCAGAGGAUGUCUUUCUAAUGAGCUCCAAAGAUCCUAAGAACCCAGUGAUCUAUGCUGUAUUCACCACUUCUAGGUAAUGAUCUAGAUAUUUAUGAUUCAUAAAACCUACUGUGCCUUUAUGUGUGUUCAAUACAACUACUAUUGAUCAUAGUACACAUGCACUGCUAGGCGCUAUGUGUUCCAACAGACCACAAUGGUAAUACCAUUUGUGUGUGACUGUUUUUUUGUGGUUUGUCAUGUCUUUGUUGCUAGGGGAUCUGUACUGUAUAACAGUGAAAGCACUGACCAUUCUAGACAAACGACUAAAACACACAAAGCUCAUAUCUCUACUGUCCUCUCUCUCUUUCUGUAAGGCUAAACAAUCCUUUAUAAAAUCAGUUUUCUCCCCUUUAAUCCACUUACAGGUGGCCAGAAAUCACCUCGUCUUACCUCCCCCUCAAAUUGGAGAUCCCUUAUAGCCAAUUCCCCGUUCUCUGCUAUCUGUCCCCUUUCAUUGUAAAACUCUGUGGAACCUUGGAGCUAAAUCUGAUUAGGUGGUGGAGAGGUAGUGGGGUGGGGGAGGGGAGGGGAGGGGGGGACACACAAUCCUCGCUCCCCCAGGAACGUCUCCCUCUCCCUGGCCGACGCUCAAGCCUCGACAGGGGUAACCUCCAGAGCUGUGGUUCUAUUGUACUGUACACACUGUUGGGCGGUACGAGAUGAAGUAAGCGAGUUAAUAGCGUCGGGAGGCGAAAAACAGUGGUGGCAAGGGGGGCUUCUUCAGAUGAUGGAUUAGGCGGCUGGCGGCGUUCGGGCGGCAUUGUCUGGAGCUGCCGCUGCACGAUUAGGACAAACACUUCAUCAUUAAUCACAGACCUAAUAAUAAUAAUGAGAGAGAGAGAGAGAGAGAGAGAGAGAGAGAGAGAGAGAGAGAGAGAGAGAGAGAGAGAGAGAGAGAGAGAGAGAGGAGAGAGAAUAGAGAGGAGAUAUGAGCAGGAUAUACGAGCUAUAUAGUCCUCGCCUCAUCUAUCUUAUCGCCAUAUCAGAUUGCGCUCUCUAUCCUCUCUCGCCGUCUCGAGAGAUCUCUAUCAUCCUCUCUAUCCUCUCUGCUCUCCUACCAAGUCCUAUAGACGUGCGCGUCUCUCUAGAGGAGACUCUCCACGGCCAAUCCUCGGAGAGAGAGAGAGAGAGAGAGACCCCGUUGCCAAACAAAACAGGCCCAUCAUUUCGUUUAACCAUUCACUGUGUGGGUCUGUUCCUCUCCACCAUCUCUAAUGCAUGCAGUGGAAUACAGCACUUGAAAAUUCAAUUACAGGCUUUGAGGAAUUAGACUGGUUUAAUUGUUUUUGUAAGUGGCCUGUUUCAGAGAUGAAUAGAGCUGGGGAUUCAGGGGACAGGCUUUUAAUAUUCCACUUAAUGAGGCCCAUAGGCUGCCGCUGGUAGAUCGAUGGUACUGAUACCAGAGGGGUGUGCGUGUGCAUUCAAUAUGCACUAGUGUCUGUCCACCAUUCAGGCGUGUCAGGGAUUGGAGAUUAGAGUGUAUGUGUAUGCCCGGCGGUUAAUUACAUUUCUCCCUAAUUAACAUUUUACAAAAGCUCCUCCAUUAAUCUUUAAUGCUUUACUAAUCUCUGGGGUUCAGGGUGGGCAGAUGUUCCUAUGCCACCCACAUCACUGCUAGCCUGGUCCCACAUCAGUUUGUGCUGUAUAGCCAACUCCUAUGGUCAUUGUCACGGUAUGCUAGCCUGGUCCCUGAUCAGUUUGUGCUGUGUAGGCAAGGUCCCAGACCAGUUUGUGGUGUAUAGCUAUGGUCUCAGAUCAGUUUGUGCUUUAUAGCCAAGGUCCCAGAUCAGUUUGUGCUUUAUAGCCAAGGUCCCAGAUCAGUUUGUGCUUUAUAGCCAAGGUCCCAGAUCAGUUUGUGCUGUAUAGCCAACUCCAAUGGUCAUUGUCAAAAUAUAGUUUUUGAGAGAACUAUCUCUUUAAGUACCAAUCUUCUGGCACCAGGCUAUAUCACUGCUGAGUCUAUAUCUAGAUUUACCCUGCAGGAAACCAGGCUAAACCAUUCUCCGCUCUCUCCAAAGUACAUAUUGCUGCAUCUCAAGUAGAGCUUGGACGAAACACUGAAGAUUAUUGACACCGACCAUACUGAUCACUUAUCACAGCCAUUUUGCUGAUAUCCUUUGUUAAGAUAAGUAGCCUAUACUAGAGAAAGGUGAAGUUGGAAAUUACAUUUGUUUGCUAAUAUGGGUGAUUGUUAAUAGGAUAAUUAAUAGCUACAACCAUCAAACUAGUAGCAGUAGUUUAAAGGAUCAUUUUAAAAAAAACUGGUGCACAUUAAUGUUAUAGACCAGGGGUCUUCAACCUUUAACACCUGUCUUGUCUAAUCAUCAGGUGAAUGAUAAUGGCAAGGAGAAGUAAUCAACAUUAUAAAAUGAAUAGAUUUGGUAGAUAGUUUUUCAUUAUUUUGACCUUCCCACAGUAUAAUUGUGUUUAAACUCUAACAUAGCCUAUUAGCUAGAAAGGUAACUCCAAACACAUUUUCGCUAAGAGCAGCCAUUUAGCUGGUAAAACAAAGGUUAGCCAUGUGUUGGCAAACAUUAUGUCCAAGUCCAAGCAAGCUUCUCAGCAGCCAGCGGCACUUGUCACAUUGGUCGCCUAUUCGCGGCUGCUUUUUCGACACCUAUGUCAGAUACUCCAGUGAGUGUCAUUUGCUCAAUAGGCCUUGUUGAAUAGGCCUUGUUCCACUUUUUUAUUUUUGUAAUAUUUGUGAGGUUGAACACCCCUGUUAUAAAUUUAACAUUAUAUUUAUCGUUAUCGCAUCAGUUCAGACAAUUUAUCAGGUUAAUCUGAUACUAUUCUCUAUAUAGUGCAGUGCACUACUUUACCCAAGGGACAGGGGAAUAUGGUAUGUACCCUAAACUACUGUAUGUCCAUAAAUAAUCAGUAUUAUGUGCAUUUAGUCAAGUAAAAGGAAUUAUUUUAUAUUUUAUGGUAGUAUAUGGAUUUGUUUGAAUUCAUUCUAGAGGAAUUUUUAUAGUCUUGAAUAAUUUCUUGGAAAUUAUUCUGUCUAGCCCUACAAUUCACACGGAUACACUUUACCACUUGGAAUACAUGAUGGAAUUGUCCAUUGGAAUACCUACAGUGGUGGAAUACUGCAACACAGAAUUCCGAUCAUUCCCUCCAACUGUAUUCCAUUAGCAGUGAAUUAUAGUCUCGCUCGUUGGUAACCGGCCUAAAUUCCUGUCCAUUCUCUGGAAGCUGGAUUCUAUCACAGCCAUGUUUCUAACCGUCAUCCUCUCCAUUAAAUUAUGACAACAUUCUUCCUGGUCUGUCUGUUGUAUGUCAAGGUGAGCUUUGAUUCUGUCUUCUAGUACAGCUUUAAUAUCAGGCCUGCAUUUGUUAUUGUCUUGUGAUGGUGAUGGGUCUCACUGUCUUUUUCUCCCCCACUCCUAGUGAUUCGUUUCCCGCUGUCUCUGUCCUGUCUCUGUCUCUAGUCUCUGCUCCUCGUCUCGUCUCGGCUCUAUCUUCUAUGAUAGCUCUCUCAGUCUCUCUUCUCUCUCUCUAUCUCUCUCUCUCUCUCUCUCUGCUCUCUCUGUCUCUGUCUUCUGUCCUCUGUCUCUCUCUCUCUCUCUCUCUCUCUCCUCUCUCUCCUCCCUACACCCUCUACAGUAACAUAUUCAAAGGCUCAGCAGUGUGUAUGUACAACAUGGCAGACAUCCGGAGGGUCUUCCUGGGUCCCUAUGCCCACAGAGAUGGGCCCACCUACCAGUGGGUACCCUUCCAGGGGAGGGUGCCCUACCCCCGCCCUGGCACGGUAAGUCAUAUGGGGGUUAUGACAAGUUAUAGCACCUCAUAGCUGCUACUUAGAAGCUAAUAGGCAAAUACAAGUAAUUCACAACUGAUACAGUGGGGAAAAAAAGUAUUUAGUCAGCCACCAAUUCUGCAAGUUCUCCCACUUAAAAAGAUGAGAGAGGCCUGUAAUUUUCAUCAUAGGUACACGUCAACUAUGACAGACAAAAUGAGGAAAAAAUAUCCAGAAAAUCACAUUGUAGGAUUUUUAAAGAAUUUAUUUGCAAAUUAUGGUGGAAAAUAAGUAUUUGGUCAAUAACGAAAGUUUCUCAAUACUUUGUUAUAUACCCUUUGUUGGCAAUGACACAGGUCAAACGUUUUCUGUAAGUCUUCACAAGGUUUUCACACACUGUUGCUGGUAUUAUGGCCCAUUCCUCCAUGCAGAUCUCCUCUAGAGCAGUGAUGUUUUGGGGCUGUCGCUGGGCAACACGGACUUUCAACUCCCUCCAAUGAUUUUCUAUGGGGUUGAGAUCUGGAGACUGGCUAGGCCACUCCAGGACCUUGAAAUGCUUCUUACGAAGCCACUCCUUCGUUGCCCGGGCGGUGUGUUUGGGAUCAUUGUCAUGCUGAAAGACCCAGCCACAUUUCAUCUUCAAUGCCCUUGCUGAUGGAAGGAGGUUUUCACUCAAAAUCUCACGAUACAUGGCCCCAUUCAUUCUUUCCUUUACACGGAUCAGUCGUCCUGGUCCCUUUGCAGAAAAACAGUCCCAAAGCAUGAUGUUUCCACCCCCAUGCUUCACAGUAGGUAUGGUGUUCUUUGGAUGCAACUCAGCAUUCUUUGUCCUCCAAACACGACGAGUUGAGUUUUUACCAAAAAGUUAUAUUUUGGUUUCAUCUGACCAUAUGACAUUCUCCCAAUCCUCUUUUGGAUCAUCCAAAUGCACUCUAGCAAACUUCAGACGGGCCUGGACAUGUACUGGCUUAAGCAGGGGAACACGUCUGGCACUGCAUGAUUUGAGUCCCUGGCGGCGUAGUGUGUUACUGAUGGUAGGCUUUGUUACUUUGGUACCAGCUCUCUGCAGGUCAUUCACUAGGUCCCCCCGUGUGGUUCUGGGAUUUUUGCUCACCGUUCUUGUGAUCAUUUUGACCCCACGGGGUGAGAUCUUGCGUGGAGCCCCAGAUCGAGGGAGAUUAUCAGUGGUCUUGUAUGUCUUCCAUUUCCUAAUAAUUGCUCCCACAGUUGAUUUCUUCAAACCAAGCUGCUUACCUAUUGCAGAUUCAGUCUUCCCAGCCUGGUGCAGGUCUACAAUUUAGUUUCUGGUGUCCUUUGACAGCUCUUUCGUCUUGACCAUAGUGGAGUUUGGAGUGUGACUGUUUGAGGUUGUGGACAGGUGUCUUUUAUACUGAUAACAAGUUCAAACAGGUGCCAUUAAUACAGGUAACGAUUGGAGGACAGAGGAGCCUCUUAAAAAAGAAGUUACAGGUCUGUGAGAGCCAGAAAUCUUGCUUGUUUGUAGGUGACCAAAUACUUAUUUUCCACCAUCAUUUGCAAAUAAAUUCAUUAAAAAUCCUACAAUGUGAUUUUCUGGAUUUAUUUUCCUCAAUUUGUCUGUCAUAGUUGACAUGUACCUAUGAUGAAAAUUACAGGCCUCUCUCAUCUUUUUAAGUGGGAGAACUUGCACAAUUGGUGGCUGACUAAAUACUUUUUUUCCCCACUGUACUUAGAACCUAUAUUUACGUAUGGAAGUAGCAAGUGACUGAUGCCACACAUAGCAAGUUUUAUAGAAGUAAUGAAUAUCAAUAGUUAUAGCAAGGUAACAUGUGACUUAUGAAAGGGAAACGUAACAUUAGUAUUCAUCACAAUAACCUCAAUAACCAUAUUUCCUACUUAUUUAUAACAUGGCACAACAUGAAAUACAUGACUUCAGUUCCAGACCCAUAGAUGUAUUAAAACUGACUUGUUAACUCUAUAACCUCUUAUUCUUCAUAGUGCCCCAGCAAAACGUUUGGGGGCUUUGACUCCACCAAGGACCUCCCUGAUGAUGUGAUCACCUUCGCGCGGGGCCACCCGGCCAUGUUUAACCCUGUGCACCCCAUCGGGGGUCGUCCAAUCGUGGUGCGGACCGACGUGGACUACCAGUUCUCCCAGCUAGUGGUGGAUAAGGUGGAGGCAGAGGACGGACAGUACGACGUCAUGUUCAUCGGAACAGGUCAAUGAGAUACGAUUUAUUUAUUUUUAGAUAAUACUUUUUUAUUAAAACUGGUUGAAUGCUACAUGAAAAAAGGUACAUGUUUUUUUUUUAAGUGUUGAUACGCCUAAGGGAAUUUAUGAUUUGUGCUCAAGGUUGUUAUGCUGCAUGAGCGCAAAAACCAAGCAAAUGUCACCUUGACAUGCAUUGAAGUAUAACUAAGAUUAAUUAUGUAUUCUCUCCAUUGGAAUAUUAUAUGAAGUAUGUAAGGGACAACUGAAAUGAAAAGUGUAAUUUUACAGUACAAGGAUGUCUAGAAUAUGCUAAUUCAUACAUAAUAAAAGCUAGAUGUUGACAUAUGUUUCCUGUUCUAGACCUGGGCACAGUCCUGAAGGUGGUUAGGGUCAGAUAGAUAACUAGAUACUGAUGUAUGUUUCCUGUUCUAGACCUGGGCACAGUCCUGAAGGUGGUUACCAUCCCAAGAGAGAGCUGGCAUGACCUGGAAGAGGUGGUCCUGGAGGAGAUGACCGUGUUCAGGGUACGGUCACACACUGGGAAACUGGUUAAGGUUAUAAUUGAUUGCAUUUAUAUGGCAAAUAUUCAAGGAAGUCUGAUAGAACACCUGUAAUUUUGUUGGGAAGGGAAGCUAGGGUACAUGGUCAAUAUCUAGCUCUGAAAUAAAAAGGAGGAGUGGGGAAAUCCCAUUGGGAGUUAUGAGGGGGGUGUCUAAAUGAAUCAGAGUGUUAUAUCUGCUCUAACUGUGUCUUUCUGCAGGAGUCCACCCCCAUCACGGCAAUGGAGCUUUCCACCAAACAGCAACAGCUGUACCUGGGCUCGGCGCUGGGCGUUUCCCAGAUGCCUUUGCACCGCUGUGAGGUGUACGGGAAGGCUUGCGCUGAGUGCUGUCUGGCCCGCGACCCCUACUGUGCCUGGGACGGAACAGAGUGCUCCCGUUACUUCCCUACCGCCAAGAGGUAGGAACACACACACAGACAUUUGCGUACGCGUGCACACACACAAAUAUGAAUGCAGAAAAGCAGAAUGAGGGUCUGCCUAGGCUUGAAGUAGUAGGAGGCUGGUUCGUAAACGUAAAGUACCGAAGUAUGAACACACACACACACACACAGAAAGACAGACAGAAAAGUACGUAUGCAUACACAUAUAUGCACAGAAUCCACAUGCAAGCAUUUACGCCCAUACAGUGAGGGAAAAAAGUAUUUGAUCCCCUGCUGAUUUUGUACGUUUGCCCACUGACAAAGAAAUGAUCAGUCUAUAAUUUUAAUGGUAGGUUUAUUUGAACAGUGAGAGACAGAAUAACAACAAGAAAAUCCAGAAAAACGCAUGUAAAAAAUGUUAUAAAUUGAUUUGCAUUUUAAUGAGGGAAAUAAGUAUUUGACCCCCUCUCAAUCAGAAAGAUUUCUGGCUCCCAGGUGUCUUUUAUACAGGUAACGAGCUGAGAUUAGGAGCACACUCUUAAAGGGAGUGCUCCUAAUCUCAGCUUGUUACCUGUAUAAAAGACACCUGUCCACAGAAGCAAUCAAUCAAUCAGAUUCCAAACUCUCCACCAUGGCCAAGACCAAAGAGCUCUCCAAGGAUGUCAGGGACAAGAUUGUAGAACCUACACAAGGCUGGAAUGGGCUACAAGACCAUCGCCAAGCAGCUUGGUGAGAAGGUGACAACAGUUGGUGCGAUUAUUCGCAAAUGGAAGAAACCAAAAUAACUAUCAAUCUCCCUCGGCCUGGGGCUCCAUGCAAGAUCUCACCUCAUGGAGUUGCAAUGAUCAUGAGAACGGUGAGGAAUCAGCCCAGAACUACACGGGAGGAUCUUGUCAAUGAUCUCAAGGCAGCUGGGACCAUAGUCACCAAGAAAACAAUUGGUAACACACUACGCCGUGAAGGACUGAAAUCCUGCAGCGCCCGCAAGGUCCCCCUGCUCAAGAAAGCACAUAUACAGGGCCGUCUGAAGUUUACCAAUGAACAUCUGAAUGAUUCAGAGGAGAACUGGGUGAAAGUGUUGUGGUCAGAUGAGACCAAAAUCGAGCUCUUUGCCAUCAACUCAACUCGCCGUGUUUGGAGGAGGAGGAAUGCUGCCUAUGACCCCAAGAACAUCAUCUCCACCGUCAAACAUGGAGGUGGAAACAUUAUGCUUUGGGGGUGUUUUUCUGCUAAGGGGACAGGACAACUUCACCGCAUCAAAGGGACGAUGGACGGGGCCAUGCACCGUCAAAUCUUGGGUGAGAACCUCCUUCCCUCAGCCAGGGCAUUGAAAAUGGGUCGUGGAUGGGUAUUCCAGCAUGACAAUGACCCAAAACACACGGCAAAGGAGUGGCUCAAUAAGAAGCACAUUAAGGUCCUGGAGUGGCCUAGCCAGUCUCCAGACCUUAAUCCCAGGUUCGAGUUACCAAACGUCAGCCUCGAAACCUUAAUGACUUAGAGAAGAUCUGCAAAAGAGGAGUGGGACAAAAUCCCUCCUGAGAUGUGUGCAAACCUGGUGGCCAACUACAAGAAACGUCUGACCUCUGUGACUGCCAACAAGGGUUUUGCCACCAAUUACUAAGUCAUGUUUUGCAGAGGGGGUCAAAUACUUAUUUCCCUAAUUAAAAUGCAAAUCAAUUUAUAACAUUUUUGACAUGCGUUUUUCUGGAUUUUUUUGUUGUUAUUCUGUCUCUCACUGUUCAAAUAAACCUACCAUUAAAAUUAUAGACUGAUCAUUUAUUUGUCAGUGGGCAAACGUACAAAAUCAGCAGGGGAUCAAAUACUUUUUUCCCUCACUGUAUAUCACAUACAGUACAUACACUGGUACACUCAUUCACUGGUACACACAUACACUGGUACACACAUUCACUGGUACACACAUACACUGGUACACACAUACACUGGUACACACAUACACUGGUACACACAUUCACUGGUACACACAUUCCAUUUGAGUGAUUGUUGUGCAUUCCACAGCUCAGGGGUAAAAACAUGCUUCCCCACACACACAGUCCUAGCCAGUAGCAGUGUUAGAACCACUUCACUCUACAGCCAAGAGUUAUAAAAAACCCACAUAGCCACACACACACACACACACACACACACACACACACACACACACACACACACAAACAAACACACACACACCAAAUGAUAGGCCAACAGGAGCUGUCUGACUUCUUCACCCCGCCAGCCGAGCGGUAUGAACAAACACAACCUCAAAUGACCUUCUCUUCCAUCCAGCAGAAUUAGCCUGACCACUACCAGCCCUCCACCUCCUUUCCAGCACAACUCUCCAUUAAAAACAUAAAACUACCUAAGAUCAGCAUCUACACUAGGGAAGCAUGAGAGAAUUGAAAUGUUGUCCAACUUUACUAUAGGUCCUAGACUUAUCCAGAUCGAAAGUAAGGCUUUUGUGACAGGCAGGGAUGGCGAGGGGGUGGCGGCCACCCUGGUGCAGUGGGCUGGGGCGCUACUCUCAUCCAGAUAGCGCAUCACAGGGAGGCCGAGGGGUGGCGGCUCACCCUUGGUCAGGGCUGCUGGGGCGCUCCAGACUAGCAGCAUCACAGGGAGGCCGAGGGGUGGUGGCUCACCCUUGGUCAGGGCUGCUGGGGCGCUCCAGACUAGAGCAUCCUAGGGAGGCCAGGGGUUGGUGGUCACCCUUGGUCAAGCUGCUGGGGGCGCUCCAGACUAGCAGCAUCACAGGGAGGCCGAGGGGUGGUGGCUCACCCUUGGUCAGGGCUGCUGGGGCGAUCCAGAACUCUCCAAAUAUUUUCUUCUCCAGCCCAAGCUAAAUGAGAACCAGACGUCUGGGCUUGGCUCAGCAGGCACUCGGACUGCCUUGCACGUGUUCAGACAGCCAAAGACAGGAAUGCUUGGGAGGAAAUGUAGGAAGAAUUGUAGAGUGUGUGUGUGUGUGUCUUGGGUAGGAGCAGGGUGUGUGUAUUUGGGGGAUGUAUGCAUGUGUGAGUGUAUUUAUGUGUGUUGGGGUGGGUAAAUGGGUGUGUGCGCAUGUUGUUUAUAUUUGUAUGUGUGGGUGGAUGGGGUGUGUGAGUUUUUGCAUGAGUGUGUGUGUUUGUGAAAGCGAGAAGAGAGAAAGAGAGAGAGAGAGAGAGAGAGAAGAGACCAUCCAAUACAGGAAUAAUCAGCCUAAACCAAACCUCCCUCCCUCUAACUCCACCCCUCGCUUCAUUCCUCUAUCGCUCCAAACGGUUUCACCGGAAAACGCCACACCUCACGCUCGAUGGCCGCGCCCGGCUGCACUCGCGCGCGCGAGCAGCGCGCGCGCGCUCGCCACAGUCAGCGAGCGAGCUAGCGAGCGAGCGAGUGAGCGAGCCGAGCUGAGCGAGCGAGCGAAGAGAGCGACGAGCGAGCGAGCGAGCGAGCGAGCGAGCGAGAAGCGAGCGAGGCUGAGCGAGCGGGGUAGCGAGCGAGCGAGGCGCGCGCGCGCGCGCGCGCGCGGCGCGCGCCGCGCUCUGCGCUCUCUCUUCUCUAUCGCUCUCUCUCUCUCUCUCUCUCUCUCUCUCUCGCUCUCGCUUCUUCUCUCCUCUCUCUCUCUCCUCUCUCUUCUCUCUAUCUCUCUUCUCCUCUUUCUCUUCUUCUCUCUCUCUCUCUCUCCCUCUCCUCUCUCGCUCAUCUCUCUCUCUCUCUCUCUCUCUUCUUCUCUCUCUCUAUCUCUUUGCCUCCCUCUAUCUCCUCUCUCGCUCUCUCCUCUACUCUCUCUCUCUCUCUCUCUGCCUCACUCUUAUAAAUGUCCUGUAUGGUUAAGGAACCCCUGACACGAGACCUAGAGACCUCCACCUUUGGCUGUGCUCCCCUCUCUCCCCUUUGAUUUUUACGACACGUCAGAGCAUAUGAUCUUAGUGGUGGUGAACCAGGGAACCAUAGAACCAGGGAACACAUAGGGAGCACAGGGAGGCAGGUUAUCUGUCAGCCAGUACAAAGCCAGGUUGUGAAAACGUCCACAACACAGCUGUAAAAACCGGGCUUAUAACAUGACUCGGACACGCAAUCGGCACGAACAUGUACAUGGAGCUCACACAUGCACACACAUGCAUACGCAUACACACACACACACACACACACACACACACACACACACACGCACACUGUACGGACUAACGAGCAUUUCAAGUCGUGGAGGACCUAGUCAGGAUCUUUAUAGGGGGAUUUCAAGGCCCAGGCUAAAUGUGUUUCAUAAUGUUUAGUAAUGACGUCCCUGAACGAUGAAUCACAAUGAAUCAUUCCUUUAAUUGGAGCAAAAGGUUGACAUGUUUUUAAAUGUGAUUUUCUCCUUUUUUAUUUCUUCCAACCACAUCAAUAGAUUAGACAUAACAGAGGCUGAGGUGAAUUUGAUGAAAUUAACAGUUCUACUCGGUUCUUCAGUUGUACUGCAGAAAUGUGUUAGCUGUGCCACUGGUCAAGAUUGCCCUCUAGUGGUAUAAACGUCACAGUACAAAGAGCCCCGACUCGAUGGAACUGGGGAGUGAAAUAAGUCUGAGGAAAUAUAGAGCAGUGAGUGGCCUCCCCUGACCAACACAAAUAGGUGUUAUGUUAUAUAUGUUGUGUGUGAGGGAAGUUUAUUAACUCAUUGGCAACACAAUAUAACAUUGAUGUUUUUUUUUUUUUUUUUUCUUGGCCCGGGUGGCUCCAGUUGGUUAGAGUGUGGUGCUUGCAACACUUGGGUUGUGGGUUUGAUACCCAACGGGGGACCAGUACAAAGAUGUAUGCACGCACUACUGUAAGUUGCUCUGAAGAAGAGCGUCUGCUAAAUGACUCAAAUGUAAAUGUAUUCUUUUGUUGUUUCAUAGGAGAACAAGACGCCAGGACAUCAGGAAUGGAGAUCCACUCUCCCAGUGCUCUGACCUGCAGCAUCAUGGUACAAACGCUUUUUAUAUUUUUAUUUUACGCUUUCUAUUUCAUACACACACAUGUGCGUGCAGACAUGCAACCUUCACCCCCAUACACACGUGUGCCCACAUAAAACCCAUACAUGCACCACCCUCCCCCUACACACCCACCACACACCACACACACCACACACAUUAACACACACGCACGCACACUGUAGUGUCUCUCUUGUAACCCUAUCCCUGCGUCUGUGUAGAUGACGUAGACGGGCUGGGUCAUGUGGAGGACAGGAGUGUGUACGGAGUGGAGAACAGCAGCAUGUUCCUGGAGUGUAGUCCCAAGUCCCAGAGAGCCCUCAUCUACUGGCAGCUCCAGAGACCCAACGAGGACCGCAAACAGGAGGUGGGUACACACACACACACACACACACGCAUGUAAGAUGUGUCCUGUUCACGAUCAUUCUCAACAACUUCCCAAUCAUUUUCAAUAACUUUGCAAUCACACUAAACAUUCAUAAACGAUUACCCAUUCUCAGUGUUUACAUGAAAAUGAAGUCGUGUGAAAUUGCUUCAGUUUGCCAUGCACUCAAAUGCAAUCAUAUAGAAUGGAUAUUGAAUAUCUCUAUCUCCCUCAUCCCCCUCCCUUUCCUCCCCUCCCCCUCGUUUCGUUCUCCAUCUCUCUCUCCAGAUCAAGUCGGAGGACAGGGUGAUCCGCACGGAGCAGGGCCUGCUCAUCCGCACUCUCACCCAGGCCGACUCGGGCGUCUACACCUGCCACGCUGUGGAGCACGGCUUCAUCCAGCCCCUCCUCCGCCUCUCCCUCCAGGUCAUCCCCACACAGAGGCUGGGUGAGCUGCUGCCCGGUGGGCCUCUUAGUGGAGCUGGAGGGUCUGGUGGUGCAGGUGGGCCUGCUGGUGCAGGUCACUCGACAAAACACAAGCUGUGGUAUAGGGAUUUCCUCUCCCUCCUGGACCACCCUGACCUGAACAGCGUGGAGGAGUUCUGCGAGCGCGUGUGGCGGAAGGAGCGCAAACAGCGGCGCCUGAAAAUCCCCACUAUCACCACCAAUGGCCAAAGUCUGGAUAGGCUUGACGGCGGAGCUCCAAGCUCAGGCCUAAAGCCUAAAAGUAGUCCUCUUGGCGCAGGUGCACCCAAUGCCCAGAAGCAGAAGAGUGGGUCUCCUAUGGUGCAGCAGCAGAGCAAAGAGGGGAGCCCCCGGAGCACGAACACCCAGAAGGUGCAACUCCAUGCGGGUACGCUGACCCAGGCCCAGCCCCCUAAAAACAACAACCAGAAUGGCCAGAACUCUCAGGCUACACCCAACGUCCAGAGCCCCCAGAAGGGCCAAGGCGCCCUGGGGGGAAACCUGGGGGGGACCCAGGUGCCUGGUGGGGGGGCCAGAGGUGGACCCCAGCACACGGCCAAGUGGAGGCGGAUGCAGGAGAACAAGAAGGGGCGAAACAGGAGGACCCACGAGCAACAGAGACCCCCGCGGAGUGUCUGAGACGACCACAGCAACACACACACAUGCGCGGACAUACACACACUUACGCACAUACUGUUAAAAUAUAGACUUGCUAUUCCAUAAAGAUAUACUGUAGGAACACACAUAAUGCAGUACAGUCAUGGACAUAUGCUCAUACACACAUAAUAUGUAGACAGAGAAAGACCGUCCCAAUGGAAUGCUCUUAUACAUACACAUAAAGCGCACGCACACACACACACACGCACACGCGCACGCGCACACACACACACACACACACACACACACACACACACACACACUGCAAAUACCCUGUGAAGACUUGGAGAAGACUGGCGACUAAAAGGACGUUAUGGACUGAGACUAAACUGGAAUCGUAUACGUACUGUACCUGCUAACCAUGUGGAUAUACUGGCCCAGGGUGUACAAUGUGAGGAACUGUAUAUUCCAGGUCCGUGUUGCAAGGGGGACCGAGUUGCCUGGCGGACACAUAGCCCUCCUGUACAUAUGCUACUUCCUUAUAGGACUGGGAUGGGGUUCAAAAACAUUUAUUUUCAGUGAGGAUGAUACAUGUUACAUGUACACACCUCUGGACAAGUUUGGACAAUGGCCUAAUGCAUGGACACAGGACAUUUCAGAAGGGAUUGAGACUUUAAAGUUCAGUAGGGACGUCCGUUAGUGCAGCUACUGGCCUUGUUGACAUGCACAUGAGAGAAGGAAGAGGAUGCCCACUAUAUAGAGACUGGAAGAACUAUAAGGAUAAGGAAUCAUUUGUCCAGUCGAUUGCAAACUACAACAGAAAUAAAUCAAAAGAAGAACAGUCAUUUUCGGAGAGUGAACUGCAAUUCCCACAAUACAGUUCGUCGGCUCAACUUUGUUCAAUUGAUUCGAUUCACAAUGACUCUCAUGAAUGAGCACUUUGGGCUUGUACAUAGAGCUUGACUGUCUUAUAGGUCAAACAGAUGGGGCACAGUUAGCUGGUUGACAAUCCACAACGAUGCCCCCCAUAUUGUUUGUAGUUCAAUAACAGAAUUAUUCAAUAUAAAACGACAAAAUCCACAAUAGCCUGUGGUCUGUGCAACAAAGUCAAGCUUCUCUUCCUCCCAAGGCUUGAAAAGCAUCAUGCAUGUCGUAGUCAAUCGAUGUUCAUGAUUUGAAUAAGCUAUUUCUCGCCAGUUACUUGCUAUGUAAUUUGAACAAAGUUUUUUUUUACGUUAAAGGAGUCCUAUAAAAAGAAAAAUACAUUUAUUGUUUUUAUUUGCUAUUUACUUUUCUCACUCUGCCUACAAACCACUGCAUCCCUGUCAGGGUAAACAAUUAUGUAGUAGAAUUUUUGACCUACCCCUUUAAGUUAUUUUUGUUUCUUUGCUCUUUUUCCUGGAGUUUGCUGCAUGUGAACUUAUAAUUCCAGUCAUAUGUUCGUGCUCAGUCUGGAAAGCAGACUGCCUAUUGAUCCUGUACAUAUACACACAACAACAAAACUACUCUUUAUGUAUGUAAAUAUAUACAACCAGAACACCACUUGAUUAUUUAUUUCUCAUUGUUUUGUGAAAGGGUUGCAUUUAUUUUUGAUAUUCUGGUAUUUUGGCUCAUCAAUAAUCAAGAAAAAAAACUGCGACACGUUGAGAAACACAGAUGGACCAAUGAGGACGGACUUCCUCUGUCAAGGACUCUGUCAAGGAAACACAGAUGGACCAAUGAGGAUGGACUUCCUCUGUCAAGAGUGGGAGCAGGGGGUUGUUGUGUGUUUUAUAGUAUCCAGACUGAGAGCCUUCAGAAUGAUAAGCACAAGUUUCUCCUGCCCUCUUCUUCUACGUGUCUGUCCCUUCUGCUCUUUUCGGAAAUGGGUGAUUUUUCUACCCAGGAGGUUUUUCUGUUGGAGUUUGGAACCCCAUACACUUUCAUUCGCUCAUCCCAAAUACUCAUUGUAUGUAAGAUAAUACUACCCAAAACCUGACAAACAUUAGCUGUGAAUUUCUAUGUAAGAACUAGUAAGGAAAACGUUAAAAUCUAAACCUAAUCUGAGGAGAAGACGCUGAGUUAAAGCUGCAUGUGAACACUACCUAAGUGCAUCUUUUCUAUUGUCUCUAGAUGUUUCCUGUGAGAGGUAAAAGUCCUAUAGGCAAGAUGCGUAAGAGAGAUGUGAAUAUUCUUCCUUUUUGCCAAAACAAAGAUGCCAAAACAUGUACCAGGGGUGUAUUCACUAGGAACCAAACAGAAGCAAACAGGCCAAAACGGGGAGGGACUAGCCUGAACUUGUCCAAUAAGAAACGCACAAUUUUGUUGCAAAUCGUUUUCUGUAGCAAAACGUUUUGCUAUGGUGUCUGCUAAUGAAUACACCCCAGUAAUGUUACUCCAACCCCAAAACUUGUAUUAAGACCUUAAACUUUUCAUACAACAAUGUGUUUCCCCCUCAGUAUACAACAAGAGUGAUGUGUCAAUGCAAUAAUGGACAGCAGAUAGCAAGGUUUCCCAGGGGUUUGCGGUAUGUUUCCAGUCUCUCACGGUGUGUAGGGUGGACGAGGAGAGAAGCGAUACCACUGCUGUAAUAUGGUUCUUCCUGGCAUGCGUUCAGUUGUCUAAUUAAACAUUUCCUGUAAAACCUAGCCUUGUUGUUGUUUUUUGUAACCUCUGUCCAGUUAUAUAUGGUACUGUAUGAUGCAUGUUAAUCUGAGUUGACAAAAUGUAUUUUGUUUGUGUUGUACAGUCAUUUCAAAUUGUACCAUUUUAUCAUAUUUAGUCACAGGUGGGCCUGGGAGGAAUCAGUCAGUUUGCAUGCUCAAACACACAGAUAAAAGGUUGAGCUGAUGAAAAACAGAUUUUUUACUGGAAUUAUAUUAUGGUGAAUUAUAUUAUAUCUUCUUGAAAAAAAGUUUGUAAAAAUACAUUCCAAUAGACAGUGAAGCCUACUCCUUCACCAGGGGAGACCAUCUGAACUCAGACCAGCCCAAUUGAAGGUGUGACUCAGUUCUAAGGUACAGUAUGUGCUGAAUCACAAUGGCUGCAGAGGCAGCCCAAUUCUGAUAUUAUUGGCUAAAGAUCUGAUUGAUUAAAAGACCAAUUAGUGGCAAUAGAUCAGGCUCUCAGUGGUGAGUAUAGUAAAUAGUGAAGUAGAAUCACAAGCUCUCUGUCCACAUCCUUCAGUGGGUUGACCACUGCUCCCAUAGAGAGAUUUCAUUGACUAAAGGCAGGAAUGAUGUGUUAAAAAACGGUAAUUGAUAUGUUAUACUGUAUGUCAGGCAUUCCUUGUCGAUAAAAACACAUGAAUAAUUAAACUGGAGGUUAAUGUUUCGGUUUAGCCACAAGAGUUCGCUAUUCUCUGGCCCAAUAGAUUUCCAUGUCUACCUAGCUUUUCAGGGGUUACAUUUUAGCUGUUGUCAUUCUAGUUCACAUGUCUCAAACCCGUUCCACGGAGGGCCGAGUGUCUGCGUGUUUUCACUCCUCCCUUGUACUUGAUUGAUUAAUUAAGGUCACUAAUUAGCAAGGAACUCCCCUCACCUGGUUGUCUAGGUCUUAAUUGAAAGGAAAAACCAAACACCAACAGACACUAGGCCCUCCAUGGAAUGAAUUUAACACCCCUGUUCUAACACUUUAGGUAGUAGUCUAAGUUCCCUGUAUAUCAAUUAUGUGACUGGAAUGCAAUGACCAUCAGCUGUUUAUGUUCAUCAGCUACAAUGUCUUGCACUGUGUUGUAACCUAUGUCUAUAGUGUGUACGUUUACACUGGUGUGCAGCCACAGGCAGUUGCCAGUUAUCACACUGCCACUAAAGGCCUUAGUGAGGUUGUCAUCUACACUAUAAUUGGGCCUACAGUGGCGCUGUGUGUUACCUAAAAUAGUGCUCUACCACUGAAUCCCUGCAGGUACCUUAAAAGGUUCUCUACCACUCUCUGCGUGGGCACAAACUCCCUGAACCCUCUGACACACACACACAAACACACACAUAGACACACUCAGACGGUGCAGCCAUCCAGUCACACAGAGAGUGUGUGUGUGGAAACCUCAGUUUAACUGAUGAGAGCAGUACAAUCUAUGUUCCCAAGUGUCACAAACGUGUAGUGAAUUCACAGGGUUCGUUACCAUGGGUACUGCCCCGAGAGCACAAGGGCUGUAGGUGUGUGUGUGUGCGUGUGCGUACGUGCAUGCACACACCUUUGGAAUGGUGUGAUAUGUGACUACCAAUGAUAGACAACACACUACAGUAUACAUUAUUUGUAUCCCUUUGUAUAAAGACAGUUUAAACACAGGGUUUAUUAUGUCAUUGACAUUGCAGUGACUGCUCUCUUCGGGUGCAUCACAAUAGUCUAAAGUAGCUUCCUCCUCUCGUCUCUUCUUCAUCUGAAAACAGAUUGAAAGCAAUAUGGUGGAUGCCAAUGGAGGAAACAAGGGAGAGGAACCCAUUUUUUACUACUGAGAUGAACUCCUAGAUUCCUCAAAGCAGAGGCACCCACUUCCUCACUGCUUGAAACAUCGGUGGUGUUCCAGGUUGUCUUUUUUGCAGUUGUAUUGCGCUAAUCAUCAGGGGCUGUAUGUAUCAAGAAUCUCAGAGUAGGAGUGCUGAUCUAGGAUCAGGUCCCCCCUGUCCAUAUAAUCGUACUCAUUAUAAUCUAAAAAGCAAAACUGAUCCUAUAUCAGCCACUCUGAGACGCUUGGUACAUACAACCUCAGAUCUCAGGAUGUCUCAGGAAUCCCAUUAGUGACACAGAAAUUCUCGGAAACGUGCAGCACGACUUCAAAAACAUCAACCUGGAACGCGACCAUGAUAUAAUAUGAUAAUAUGAUAACUGAGUGAGAAUGACUAACAAAAUCAAUGGGGCCCCCUGGAGGUCAGGUAUUCGGCCAUGAUUACUACAAGUUUAGAUAGCUGGCUGGACUAACUACCAAUCUAUAAAUUGUUACCUGACAUGGCUAAUUGAGUGACAUAACAAGAGAAACACUGCUGAUGCACGACCAAAUUUAGAAAUUGCAUCUGGUGUAUUCUACUAUUAUAACUCUCAAUAGUAAGUUGAGACCCCGUCUGAGUCACCCCCCAAAAAAAUUAAAGUGUAUAUAUGUGUGUAUGUGACAUCUGUGAUUGUCUCUGAUGUGUGUGUGUGUGUGUGUGUGUUUGUCUUCUAUUUGUGUGUGUGUCUCCCAGUCUCCUCACGACUCCCAGAUUGGACUCUUCAGAAGCUCUGACUCACACUCGUUCCCCAGCCUAGGAGUGGGCCCCAGGGAUUCUGGAAAAAUCAACUCUGUCAGCAGGGAGAGGAGAUUCAGGUCUGUGACCAGACAGCGCUCACACAGACCUACUUAAAUCUCUCUCUCCCUCCCUCUCUCUCUCUCUCUCUCUCUCUCUCUCUCUCUCUCUCUCUCUCUCUCUCUCUCUCUCUCUCUCUCUCUCACACUGCCUUCUAUCUCUCUCUCUCUCCCUCUCUAGCUCUCUCUCCCUCUCUCUCUCGCUCUCUUGCUGCCUUCUAUCUCUCUCUCUCUCUCUCUCUCUCUCUCUCUCUCUAGCUUUCUCUCUCUCCCUCUCUCUCGCUCUCUUGCUGCCUUCUAUCUCUCUCUCUCUCUCUGUCUCUCUCUCUCUAGCUUUCUCUCUCUCCCUCUCUCUCUCUCGCUCUCUUGCUGCCUUCUAUCUCUCUCUCUCUCUCUCUCUCUCUCUCUCUCUCUCUCUCUCUCUCUCUCUCUCUCUCUCUCUCUCUCUCUCGUUGCCUCUAGCUCUCUCUCUCACUCACUCCCUCUAGCUCUCUCUCCCUCCCUCUCUAGCUCUCUCUCUCUCUCUCUCUCUUGCUGCCUUCUAUCUGUCUUCUUCUUCUCUCUGCCUCGUUCUCUUUCUCUCUAUGUAUUUAUUUAUGUCCUCUCUCUCUUCACUCUGAUUUAUUUAUAUUUAUUCAAUUCCCUCUCCAUCCCAUGCUUUCUCUAAUCACCUCUUCAUCAUCUCUUCUCCUCUCCAUCCCUCAACAUCUGUACCAAGCUGAACCCUAUUCUCUCUUUAUACCCCAGUUGACCCACAACUUAGCAUAAGGCUAAUGUUAAGCACAGUGUAAAACAAUGAUACCUAGAGUCUGUUCUUGAGUACACACUGGAAAUACAGCCACACACACACACAGAUGUGGGAUUUCCAACCCUCACUCACUCCAGAGUUACGACCCCUCAGGCAGCAGGGGUCCACAGAUGCCAUGGCAACACUUGACUCUUGAAGGGGUUGCUUUGCAGAAAACCCCAGUUACAGAGAAGUCACUGGCAUUCAUUUUGAGUCUAGGCCGAGCCCUAUGAAGACCUCAUUAACAGGUAGUGAGCAGCCCCAGCACAGUGACGACUUCAAGAACACCACUUGGUCUCAUGUACAGGUCUAAAAGCAGACAUGGUUUUACAUUUCUAACAGUGGUCAGCUAUAUAAUCCUGACCUCCCAUCUUCUCUCUCUCUCUUCCCAGUUUCCAUAGUUAUUCCCAGGAGAAGUGUGAGAGGAUGCAGUGAGCCCUGGGAAUCCUGUAUUCAUGUCUGUUGGAUCCAAUUGUACACACAAACCCUCAAGGUUCAACCACACACACCCUUCCACCUCAUAAACACACACACUCGUUAAUCGCAACAAAAUUCACACACAAUUCAUCCUCGUAAAACACAUACACACCCACAGACACACACAACCUUCCUCCACCCCCCACACCAUCACACAUCUUCCCCACUGGGGGUUUGAUUGUGAGGCUGUUGAUUGCUAUAGGUUAGGAUUGAUGAGGUGAUCAAUAGCUCCUCUCUGGCCACUCUCCUUAGUGGAUGGAAUACAGAUUUAUAGUGUCCAGUGUUAAAGAGUGACUGCCUUUAAAAAAACAACGAAUCCCUUUGAAAACGGCCUAUGCAUCAUCGACAUGAGUCAGAAACAGUUAUUUUCUUGUCAAAAUUGACUACAAACUGUAAGUAGUCAGUCUCGUCUAAAAUGGAGUUUGAAGGUUGGGUUUUGAUUUGACGAUGUCCAUUUGCCCACUAACAUAGGGUGAACAGCUGCGGUGACAGUGAAACUGUCCAGCACUCCCCAGAACUCCGACUUUGUUUACAUAAGACAACACGUUGUCCUUUUGUCGUAUCGGGUGAAUGCUGGCAAUUAUUGCUGAUAAACAAAGGAGUCCGCUCAUACUGAACUUGGAUCAUAAGGUUUAUUCAUAUCACAAGCUUCAGCAUAAGUGACAGAUGUCAUGACAUCCGGAUAACGGCGUCCCAGAUUUGCAAUGGCCGUUCUAACUUCUUCUUCGUUUAGCCCCUACUUAUAAACAAUGCAAAAAGGGGGGUGCUCCCUCUUCUGGCCAAUCACCAGUCUCCCCUGUCUACAACACACUUCCUGUCUGUUGUAUGUGGCGUUACACUAAAACAUUCCCUCUUGAUACUAAAAUUAACGUCCUCUCUGGUUCCACUUAAAACAUUAACAAAGGCAUAAUCCUAAUACACGACAUUUCCCCCCUUCGAGACGAACUAAAAGUCUCGAAUUUGAUGUAUCAACUAAGCACAUCAUAUGUUAUAGCAUUCUGGCAGUCAAUGACACGGUCGAUGACAUGGCACGCAACCAUUGGUUGAUUCAUGCAACAUCCGAACAGGGAAAUGCAACCAGGGACUUCUCUGACCUGUAAAUCCCAUUAAGAACAGAAGAACCUGAUGUCCUUUACUAAUCACCCUCACCCCCUUGGUGAGAUCAGAGCACCAAAACAAAUCCUGGCAGACAAUGCCUGCAUGCUCUGAUCUGCAGAUCUAUCAGCUUACCCUUCCCCAACCCUAACCUUGACAAUUAGGAGGAAAACGCAAAACCGACCUUAGAGCAUCAGUGUUUAGGGGCAACGUCAUCAUACUUCACCAAAACAGGGUCGUAUUCAUUAGGACACACCGUAGCAAAACGUUUUGCAACGUUAAUAAAAAAUGAGCAUUUCUCAUUGGACAAGCUCAAGUUAGUCUCUCCCUUUUUCAUUCUGUUUUCUCUUGUGUGGUGCCUAAUAAACAUGACCCAGAGCUCUGUAAAUCUGUUUGGCAGUAUGGAGUGUGCGAGGAACAAAGAGUUUAGAUAGAUACGUUUUGUAACCAGAAGGCUGUCUAGGCAUUGUGUUGAAUUCAACUACUUGGUUUUCUCAGACAGAGGGAAAGAUGCAGUACACUGUUGACGGCGAGCUGCUUGAACGCAACAGUAUGCAUAUUGUAUACAUGUUUUGAAAUACGCCCUAGCGGUAUUACUCAUGUUGGGAUGUUCAGUGGUGUUUGCUUUAGGAGUUGACUGAUGGUUUUAUACAAUGAGCAAAGGUGUUUCUCAGAUUUGGGUUUCAGUUCAGUCAGAUCUGAAUAUGAAUGUAAUUUUACCUGAUGAAAGUUGGAAUUUGACCCCAGAUAUUGACCCCUAGUUGGAGUCGUCUGAGUGACAGACUGAACUUCACUGGUGUACAAGAAUAGAUUAUAGGAUAGUUGGUGAUUGGCCUAUCUCUCAGAGUAAAGAGGAUUAUGAGGUGUGUCUUGAAAGAGAAGGAGGUAGAGAGAAUACACUGUUCCUUUAAAAGUAUUUUUAGUUCAGGGCUUCUCUCUGGUCAGCGGUCAGGAGAAUCUGGCGUUAAGGGCGGAGUUAGGCGCGUGGCAGGUUGCUAAUGGGAAUGUAAAGGGCUCAGGACUAAUAUACCACUAAUUAAACAUUGCUCUGCUCGCAGGGCUAGUGCUACUGAGGAACCACUGAGGAACCUGUUCACAGAGAGGAUAGUAGAGGAUACAUACACAGGAUAUACACACCGACAAAGUAAAGGUAUGUGACUCCUCUGUCUUUAUGAAAAUAACUUUCUGAUUCUGACACCUGUUGCUGCAGAGUGGGAGGGAUUUGCCUUGGAAUUGGCAAGGCUGGUGAUUGGAUGUUCACUGGUUGCAUAUUUCAGUGAACACUUACUGUAGGUGUGUGUGUGUGUGUGAACGCGUAUGUGUGUGUCUGUGUGUUUGUAGUGUGCAUGCAUGUGUGUGUGUGUGAACGCGUAUGGGCUGUUUCCGCUCCACGGGCUUGAGGCCAUCAGGGCUCGCUCCAGUGGCCAGCCCAGUGUGGGGAAGGCUAUCUGUACAAUACCAUCGUUUAUCACUGGAGACAGCAACCAGCGCCUGCCUAAAACACACCUCCAUCUACACACACACCCACACCGUCACCACCAGGGAGAGGAAGGACGGGGGAGAGAGAGGGAAGGGAUGAGUGAGAGAGAUAGGGGAGGAGGAGGAGGAGGAAUAGAGGAAAUGAAAGGGAGAGUGGGAGAGGGGUAGAGGGGAGGAAGAGCGUAGUGAGCAGGAGAGAGGGAGAGAGGGAGGAAAGAGAAGAUGGAAAGGAGAAGGGAGAGAGAUGGAAAGGUCAAGAGAGAGAGAGAGACUACAGAGAGAGGAGGAGUCUACUGCCUUACAAUGUUUACAAUAGAAACACGCAGAAGACUGUUCUGUUCAAC